AUGCCGCUCUUCGGAAAGUCCGACACGUUCUCCGAAAACCCAGAGGUCCGCCAGGUCGAGAAGAUGAUCGCAAAGGAGGCGCGCGAGGACCAGAAGAACCUGGAUCACACCAUCAAGGACCUCUCCGGCGCCGAAAAGACGCAUAACAAGAGCAUCAAGACCGCCGACAAGGCGCAACACGCGCUCGACAAGGCCGUCGAGAACGAGCACAAGGCCGCCAAGGCCCUCAACCGCGCCGUGCACAACCACGACGCGGCGAUCUCCAACGAGCAGAACGCGGAGAAGACCGUCCAGAUCAAGCAGCAGCACGAGGCGCGGCUCGAGCAAGAUCUCGAGCAGAAACGCAGACAUCUCGACGAGCUGCAGCAGCGCAAGGCACAGAAUGACCAAUUGCGCGAGAGCAAGCUGUCGCAAAUCCACGCCCAGGCCGCGGCUGCUGCUGAUGCGCGGCGCGCGAGCUUCGACAACAACGGGCAGCGCGCCGCCGUGGGCGGGGCUCCCCCUGCUACGGAGGCUGGCGCGCCGAGCGCCCCUGCCACCGGUGCUGGCGGCGCUUUCAACGCCUGAAGUACGGGUGUGCUCGACGAUAGUGACGACUGCAUACGAAUCAAUGACAUACCCGAACGCCCUAGCUCCAAUGUAUCAAUUACCCAAACCC